AUGGCGGGUGGCGAUGGUUCACAGGCAGAGACAUUGGGGCUUGUCAACACGUUUCAAGGGCACGUAAACGAUAUUCGAACUCUCUUACAGUGUGGGAUUUGCAUCAGGCCUCUCUAUGAGCCCUUCACCCUUGCCUGCGGGCACACCUUCUGCUAUACUUGUCUGUCUCAAUGGUUCGGCGGUGGAAGAUCAAAGAGGACAUGUCCAGAUUGCCGGGCACCGGUCAAAAGCCAGCCAGCACCGGCUUAUCUGGUACGGGCGGUUGUACAGAUGUUCACGAGUCGUGCGGAGCUACUGGACAAGGGAGAAACUACGGCAGAGCACUCUGCCAACCGAAAAGCAGAAUCGGAGAAACUGGACGAAGACAAGGCAAACCCGAACCCACAAACUGGCGGUUUAUUUGGAGGGCUAUUCAAACCCAAAGCUCCUGCAUUGAAGCCCCUUGUCGAUGUGGACGACGGGGUGGUCCGUUGUCCGCUCUGCCAAUGGGAACUAGAAGACGAUGAAUGUGGAGGAUGCGGAUGGGUUUAUCGGCCGGACGAGGACAGAACCGACUACAGUGGAUCAGAUGACGAUGACUAUGAUGACGAGACCGAUUACGACUCGAUGAUUGAUGGAGAGGAGGCCGAAGACGGAUUUGGCGACAUUGAAGAGGACGACAACGUUUGGGGGACCUAUGGCCGUUAUGGCCCACCACUCUUUUUCGAUGGAGGCCAUGCUGCUAACAUCUUCGGUCCUCUGGCACACGCGUUGGGAGAGCACGCCUACCACCCGCAUCCUUGGGGGACGAUGCCUCAUCCCGUCCGUUUCGACGAUGAUAGCCAAUACGACGAAGAGGAGGAAGAUGAUUAUGAUGAAAUGGAUUCAUUCAUCGAUGAUCAACCGCUUCAGAACGGCGUGGAAUAUGACUCUGAUCAUUCCACAGUCGUCGGUAGCACUCGGCUUCCAAACCGAAAUUCCCCAACCCGAAGACAAGGUCGACCAGUUAUCGAUAUCGAAGACUCAGAUGAAGACGAGAGUGAGUCUGAGGAAGGUGAGAGUAGCUUCGUGGCUCCUAGAGAAGCUUGGGACAUAUCAUCCCCUUCUCAUGGCGGUGACACAUCGAGCAGUCCUUCAUCUCGAUACCGUGGCACUCGACCCUCUCCAGUGGGCUCUUCUCUCAUUGAUGACGAAGCGGAGGAAGACUCUGACUCCGACACCGGCUCUGACGAUGAUGAAGACGAAGAACCCCUUGUUCGUCCCAACCGCACGUUGUUUUACCAGCCGUCUGAAGUUCCCGCAUCUGAUGAUGGUAAUGGACUCACAAGUUCAAGCUCGCCCCCGAGCCGCAUGGGACCCGCCAGGCACACAGGGUCAACUGCUACCAAUGCUAUCACCAUCGCUGACUCGGAUGAGGAGCAGCCGGUCGGUCCUGUGAGACGAGCCAUGCAAAGACGGCAUGCGCGGUUCUCACCGUACUAA